AUGCCGACACUGCGGCGAGCGCAGAGAGGCGAGGCUGCGCGGGGGGCUGCGGAUGCGGAUGCGGAUGUCGUGGAGAAGGUAGCGACGCCAGACCGGUCAAGGGACAAGGCUGUCGACAAGACAAUGCCCAAGCGCCGCGAUGGCGGUGAUGUUAGCAGCGCCAGCACUCCUGCGAAGGAUGGAGGAGCUCCAUCUUCAGUAGAGGCAGCGCCCUCGGCCAGGAUCCCCACGCUGGUGCAGUUCCCGCUCGUGGCGGCCAUCAGCUUCGCUACGGCGAGUCUUGGGUACAGCGUGGUGGCCGAGCUGACCAAGGGGGAGCUGGCAAGUGUGAGCCGGAGCCAGGAGACGCAACAGGACAUCGGCAUCCUGGCUGGCUGGAGGAUAUUUGAGCUGGCGCUGAGCUGGUUCAGCGGGCUGGAUGGGCUGGAUGUCGCCAUGAUGGAUUUCUUGUCCCACGGACCGGCGAUGUAUCUCUUGUUCGCUUUUUACAACCUCAGCCCGAGAACGGCCAUUGCUGCCCUGGCCGUUGACGUCGUCUCUGCAUCGGUUCCGUUUUCUCUCCUGCGGCCCUUUUCGGCCGUCCACAAGCCAUCUUCGAAGCUGCCCAACCGCGAGCUCAUUGGCCUGCCUCUCCAGCUGCUCACCGCGGCCUUGUCGACGAGCAUAUACACCGUCGUUCUGGUUUCGUCGCUGCGAUAUUUGCUGCCUCAGAUCUUUGUCCUCCACUUCAACGGUCUGCCCAACCUUGAGCCGGCGUACGCGGCCUCUUACACCACCGUGCUGCCUGUGACGCUGCUGUUUGGGGCUGCCGCCAGCACCUUCAUCUUCCCGCCGUUUGCAACCACGGGCAAGACAAAGGAAGAUGAGCGCGUCACCAACUUCAACCCUGUCGAGGCCAGCCUGGGAGAGACUAUGUGGUGGAACUUUUUGGGCUACACCACCAAGGCCAAGGUGGCCAUUGGCCGCACCGCCGUGACUCUGCUGGUCACGGGCGUCAACACGUAUCUCGCCUGCGCCAUGACGAUCCCCGGUGUUGAGCCUGCCGGGGCUGCGGCAUACGCAGCUGUGUGGGUGUUUGCAGCUCUAUGCACGGGCCUAGGGCUGGGACUCGUGGGACGUGACUGA